AGCCCGGGUCCGCGCAGAGGGGCCCCGAGCGCCGGCCGAGGCUCAGUCUGCGCGCCCGAGCGGCCCGAGCCCGGGGCGCCCGCGUCCCCCGCGUGUCUCCUGCCGCCCGGCCCCGCGCCCCCGGCCGCCCCGGCCCCUCGUGCGGAGAGGCCGAGCCUCCGCGCGUCGCCAUUGCUGGACCGGCUGCCGCUUUCCGCGCUUCUCCUGCGGGCGCCUCCGACCCGGGCUCGGGGGCUGCGAGCGCCCACCGGGGCUCUGGACGCGUCGGGGUGGAUUGGGGUCGGGGGGCGGGCCGGGGGGGCUCGGCGGAGAUGAGAGCCGGGCCUCGGGCCGCCUUGGUCUUCCAGGUAACGGGGCCGCCCCACCUCCCCUCCGCCCGGGGAACGCGGCGCUACCGGCGGCCUGAGGCCCCGCACGGGGGCCACGCGCGCCCACCCGGAGCCCAGGGUUCCCGCCCCCGGUUCGGGGUUGCGCCCCCCGCCCCGCCGGCCCGCCCCUGCCCUCUCCCGAGUUUGAUCCUCCCCUUGCUGGGGAAAGCGGCUGGUUUACUGGUUAGAUAAGACUUUUUGCUUUUGGGAAAAAGAGGCUUGAGGUCAGCCGAGUCUGGGAUUCCUGGCACAGGCAGUGGUAGCGUGAGACGGUUUCUGAUCCGGUUUUGUAGGGUUUGCGGCUCCAGGAGGCGGGGGGCGCGGGGGCGACGGGUCGUGAGGCUUCUCUGCUCCCUGGCAAAGUUGGAAGAUCAAAGCCUUGUCUGAAAAGGAGGCUCGGAUGAGUCCCUGCUGACUUGAGAGAGAAAGAGAGACCACGCUGAUUGCUGAGAGGAACUGGAAGGAGAAAAAAAAAUUCCUCAACUCAGCGGGAAGAACUCACUCGCCAUGAGCAGCGCUGUGUUGGUGCCUCGCCUCCCAGACCCCAGCAGCAGCUUCCGCGAGGACGCCCCGCGGCCCCCAGUGCCGGGCGAAGAAGGGGAGACCCCACCGUGCCAGCCCGGGGUGGGAAAGGGCCCGGCCGCCAAACCCCUGCCUGUCCCCUCCAGUGCCAGGCGGAAUGAGGACGGGUUGGGCGAGCCGGAGGGGCGGGCGUCUCCGGAUUCCCCUCUGACCAGGUGGACCAAGUCCCUGCACUCCUUGCUGGGUGACCAAGACGGUGCGUAUCUCUUCCGGACUUUCCUGGAGAGGGAGAAAUGCGUGGAUACCUUAGACUUCUGGUUUGCCUGCAAUGGAUUCAGGCAGAUGAACCUGAAGGAUGCCAAAACUUUACGAGUAGCCAAAGCGAUCUACAAAAGGUACAUCGAGAACAACAGCAUUGUCUCCAAGCAGCUGAAACCUGCCACCAAGACCUACAUCAGAGAUGGCAUCAAGAAGCAGCAGAUCGAUUCUGUCAUGUUUGACCAGGCGCAGACUGAGAUCCAGGCGGUGAUGGAGGACAAUGCCUACCAGAUGUUUCUGACUUCUGAUAUAUACCUCGAAUACGUGAGGAGUGGGGGUGAAAACCCAGCCUGCGUGAGCAGCGGGGGGCUGGGGAGCCUGAAGCUCGUGUGUGGCUACCUCCCCACGCUGAACGAGGAAGAGGAGUGGACGUGCGCCGACUUCAAGUGCAAACUCUCCCCCACCGUGGUUGGCUUGUCCAGCAAAACUCUGAGGGCUACAGUCAGUGUGAGGUCCACAGAAACUGUCGAGAAUGGAUACAGGAGGAGCGAUCCGGUGAAUCCGUACCACGUGGGUUCCGGCUGCGUCUUCGCGCCAGCCGCCAGCGCCAACGACAGCGAGAUAUCCAGUGACGCGCUGACCGACGAUUCCAUGUCCAUGACGGACAGUAGCGUAGAUGGAAUCCCUCCUUACCUCGGGGGGAGUAAGAAACAGCUCCAGAGAGAAAUGCAUCGCAGUGUGAAGGCCAACGGCCAGGUGUGCCUACCUCAUUUCCCGAGAACCCACCGCCUGCCCAAGGAGAUGGCCCCCGUGGAGCCCGCCGCCUUCGCGGCCGAGCUCAUCUCCCGGCUGGAGAAGCUGAAGCUGGAGCUGGAGACGCGGCACAGCCUGGAGGAGCGCCUGCAGCAGAUCCGAGAGGACGAGGAGAAGGAGGGCUCCGAGCUGGCGCUGAGCGCCCGGGAGGCGGGGCCCGCCCAGCACCCGCUCUCCCUCCUGCCGUCGGGCAGCUACGAGGAGGACCCGCAGAGCAUCCUGGACGACCACCUCUCCAGGGUCCUCAAGACCCCCGGCGGCCAGUCCCCGGGCGUGGGCCGCUACAGCCCCCGCGCGCGCUCCCCGGACCCGCACCGCCGCCGCCAUCUCCUGCAGCACCGCGCGCCCCCGCCCCCCGGGGGCCCCCUGCUGCCCGCCGCCCCCGCCCCGGCCGGCUGCCCCCUCCUCGGGGCCCGGGGCUUCGUGAGCAGGCAGACGACGAAGCACGUCCACCACCACUACAUCCACCACCACGCCGGCCCCCGGACCCGGGAGGAGGUGGAGGCCGAGGCCGCCCAGCGCGCGCGCUGCCCCUGCCCCGUCCCCAUCCCCGGGGGCGCCGACUACCCCUGCUGCGCCAAGUGCAAGAGCCACCCCGGGGCGCCGGAGCCCGCGGCCGCCGCGCAGGCUGGCGGCCGCGGCCGAGGCGCCGUCCCACCCCGACGGAGCGGGAGAGGCUCGGAGCCGGGCCCGGCCGGGCCAGCCCGGGAAGGAGGGGCCCCCGGCGGAGCGGGGCCGCUGCAGCCACCCGGGGAGGAGGGAGACCGGGCGCAGGACGUAUGGCAGUGGGUGCUGGAGAGCGAGCGGCCGGGCAAGCCCAAGCCGCACAGUGCCCAAAGCACCAAGCGGGCCUACCCCUUGGAGUGUGCCCGAGCGUCCCCAGCCGGCCGUCACCACCUGUGGGCGGGCGGCAACGGGCACCCCCGCACCGCCCCCCGCGCCCACCCGUUCACCCAGGACCCUGCGGUGCCUCCCCUGACCCCACCCAACACCCUGGCGCAGCUGGAGGAGGCCUGCCGCCGGCUGGCAGAGGUGUCCAAGCCCCCGAAGCUGCGGUGCUGCGCGGCCAGUCAGCAGAGGGACAGGCACCACUCGGCCGCCGGUCCGCCAGGAGCCGCGCCCUUGUCCAGCCCAAGCCUGGCUUCGGAAGAUCACAAAGAGCCAAAGAAGCUGGCAGGGGUGCACGCUCUCCAGGCCAGUGAGCUGGUCGUCACCUACUUUUUCUGCGGGGAGGAAAUCCCGUACCGGAGGAUGCUGAAGGCUCAGAGCCUGACCCUGGGCCACUUCAAAGAGCAGCUCAGCAAAAAGGGAAAUUAUAGGUAUUACUUCAAAAAAGCGAGCAACGAGUUCGCGUGUGGAGCCGUGUUUGAGGAGGUCUGGGACGACGAGGUGGUGCUGCCCACGUACGAGGGCCGGAUCCUGGGGAAGGUGGAGAGGAUCGACUGAGCCUCGGCGUCUGGCUCGGGCCACCGGCCUCGGACAGGACGGCUCUUGGCUCUUGUGGACGCUGACGGUAUCGGAGAGACUGCCGUGCAUAACCUAUGACUUCCUAGGGCUCUAAAUCCAUCAGCUAGGAGAAGCUGUAGCUCACCUGGACAGGAAUCCUUCCUGCUAUUUAUUGGACAGUCGGCCCCCCGCCCCCAGUUUGUGGAUAUGCUGCUUUAAACACGGAAGGGGGAGAAAGGAAGUUUUCGUGGUUCUGUUUCACUGAAAGAGGAUUUAAGCUGUGCCGUGCGUUUCUCCGAGUGAACAUAGACUUUUAAAAAAAUGGUGUCCUACCGUUGACACACGCAGAAAUUGGUGCAUCUUUUUCCCCCAGCGCUGCUCUAUUUUGUCAUAAAGGUCUUGAGGUUUGGUUUGGGGGCCCUCCUGUCGGACAGGAUGAUUCAUUGUGGAGGCGGGGGAACCUCCCCGGGGCCCCAGGUUCACCCCGUGACUUCCUGGAGCUCCCCACCAGGGCCCAGCACCCGACGGCUGAGGCCUUCUGGAACCAUGUGGUUUGACUUGUGCUUGUCUUGAGAUGACAACUCCUUGGGAGUCUUCUAAAAUUAGCCUUUGGACCCCAGCCGUUCUGGAAACUACCCCCUCCCCUUGCGCCCCGCCCGGCAAAGAAGCGAACAGUUGUGGGAAGACCUGACAGCACCUUUCCUCCAGACACCUUCAUCGUGACGUUCGGGUUUUUACAUUAACUUAAUCUGUGCAUUCUGUUUGCCAUCGUUCCUUGUACCAUACGUCUGUAUAUAUUGUACGGAGAAGAGUAUUAAUCCACUAUCUCUAGUGCUUGACCUUGAAUCAGUACAGUACCUGUACCUGCACGGUGUCCACGCCGUGUGUCGCCCUAUAUUGAGGGCUCCAGCUUUCCCUUGUUUUUUGAAAGGGGUUUAUGUAUAAAUAUAUUUUAUGCCUUUUUAUUACAAGUCUUGUACUCAAUGACUUUUGCCAUGGCAUUUUGUUCUACUUAUACUGUAAAUUAUGCAUUAUAAAGAGUUCAUUUAAGGAAAAUUACUUGGUACAAUAAUUAUUGUAAUUAAGAGAUGUAGCCUUUAUUAAAAUUUUAUAUUUUUCAA